AUGUCAACUAUUUUGCCUUAUUUGAUAAAUAAAACCAAUAACAUUUUAUUGUUAAGAGGAGAUGUAGGAAAAGCAAAACCUUCUGUAUCAGAUCUACCUGAUUUCAGUUAUUCUUAUGGUAAAAAGAUUAAUAGAGAUGGAAUUGGAAUGAAAGAAAUAACAUCAGAUUGGUAAUAUGGGAUCAGUUCACAUCAUAAAAAGUCUAAAACAGUUAAAUUACCAGAAGAUACUUUUGUUUAUGGACUCAAAAACAAGUAACCAUAAUCAUAUAAUAGAGUAGACCUUCAACUCCUUUUGGGAAAGUGAUUAAAAUGAAUUAUGGAAAUGAAGCAGCAGAUAUUAUAGAGAAUCUAUAUCGAAUGAGGAGUUAACGAAUUCCUAAGAAACAAGUAAUAUAAAAGAAUAGAUCAUAUUCUUUGAGAUUAGAACAUAAUACAAAAUAAAAAGAAGAAGAACAUAAAGAAUUUAAGAUAAAGAGAUUUUUAGAAAUAAAAUCGAAAAUAUAUUAAUUAUGA